AUGAAUAUUAUUAAGUAUUACCGUAAGGCCUUAUUAAGACCUGCCUAUAAUAUAUUCUGGAGGAAAGAAUAAAAUUAAUAAAAGUCAGGAAAAAAUGAUGAAAAGAAUUAAAAUUAAACUGGUGGUAUAUAUCAUAUUCUUAAUAAGUAAAGAAUGGAAGGGAAAGGAGGAAUAUUUAGUUGAUUUAAGAAAAAAGAGAGAAGAAUAUGAAAAAAUGAAAAUAAAAAAUGAAAAAGAAGUUCGCACAUAAACUAUACGAUAAGCAAGAGAACAUGAAGUUAAUUAUGGAAAAGUGGAUUUUGCAAAAGUUUUUAUUGAUAACAUCAAUAUCUAAUAUUCUAGUGAAUUUAAACAUCCAGAAGAAAUGUUUAAUUUCUUAGGAACACUUAAAGUGUAAUUAACUGAGCAAAAUUUAAUGACAUGUGUUAAUGCUUUUAUUUAAUUUGCAGAUAGAAUAACUGAAGAUGAUUUGAUAAGAUACGAAUUUUAAGAAUUUUAAGCUAUAUUAUCAAAACAGAUAAGAAUUAUAAGCAAUGUUGAAAAUAUAGUUAAAAUUACAAAAUUAUUAGAUAUUUUAUGUUUACCUUCAGAACAUGAGAUUUGGGGUUAAUUAGAAAUAUCAAUUUUGAAUAGAAUGUCAAAAUUAAAUUUAGAGUAGCUUUUGGAAAUAUUAUCACAUUUAAGCAAUUAAAAAGAAGGAUCAGAUUAAUUUUGGGAUUAAUGUGAGAAUUAAAUUUAGGAUUAAAUCAAUAAAAUAUAAGAUAUAAAUUAAUAAUAUUAAUGUGUUAUUUAAACUUUGAUGUUUUAUUGGAGAGUUUAAAGAGGGUAACAAACAUUAUGAUUAAUUAUUAGAACUAAAUAAUUUAUUCGAGGAUUAGUAGGAAUUAUGUUGUAAAAUUCAUAGGAUUAAUAGAUCUAUCAAAAAUUACCUAUGAAUACAAUAAUUUAAGGAGUUCUUGUAAUGGGAUAACUUUGUGAAAAAUAAGAUACUUCUGAUAUUGUUAAAAGUUAAUAAUUCAAAAAUUAUUUUAUUGGAAUAGAAUAAUAUAUAUUGAAAUAAUUUGAUACUUUGAAUUUUGAAUAAAUCUGCUUAAUAAGUUAAGGAUUUGGUUUUGAAUUUGGUAGUGAAAUACUUAAUUAGAAAUUAGAAAGUAAGAUUUUAGAAAAUUUUGAUAAAUAUGAGUUAUAAGAAUUAAAAUUAAUUAUUAAAAGUUUUCUACUUUCAUAUAGAGGAUCAAAGUAAUUUUAUUUUAUAAAAAAAUAGGAAAUUAUUUAAAAUAAUGAUGAAUAAAAUUUCAUCUUUGAAACAUGAGUUUACAUCAAUAGAAUUAGCUGAAAUAAUUAAAUCCUAUUAUAUUACAGAAAAUGAUAAUUAAGAGUUUUAUGUUGAUAUUGAAAGAAAAAGUAUUAAUGAUAUUUAAUCAGUUUUAUAGAGAUUAAAAGAAGUUAGAGAAAUAACACCUUAAGAAAUAUAUGAAAUUGCUUAUAGUUAUUUAAUUACAAGGAUUGGAUCUAGAGAAUUCUAUAAAUUAUUGGAAAUUGUAAUUAAUUAAUUAUUUAAAUCUAGGUUAUAACAUUUAGAUUUGAUGAUUUAAGAUAGAAUGCUAUUUUAAUGAGUAAGUUACAUGAUUUAUAUUUAAAAAGUGCACUUUGUGAUACAAAACUUAUAGAAAGGAUGGCAUCAGUUCUGUGA